CCCCCUGUGGUGGCUAUGUCUGAGCCUCACUUCCGAUCUAGUUUCCCCAAUAGCAAGCGGAUCAUCAAAACCAGCACCGUAAGAAGCGACAGAAGGACAGAGGUGAGCAGGGGACAUGCAGUGUGAGAUGACACUAGGCCACCGUGUGGAUACAUUAUGGACCACCCCUUAUCUAUUCUGGUACUAGUCAAGUUUGGCCGGCUUUGACCAUUCACAAUCAGUAUCACGUAUCUCUACCAAGCUGGAAAUACAGCCAACGUUCGUGUGUAUAGCUGGACGUUUGCUGAGUUGGCUAACAACACUGAUGUACAUGUUGACACACGUGGAUAUAAGAUUUGGCGGCAACGGCAGAGUCGUUUAAUUUGUGCCAAGGCUUUUGAGUAGGGCUACAGUUAACUCGUGGAAGCUUUAGUUGUGCGCUGUGCUAGAUGACUUUACAUCUCGGAAUUAAUACUGUGACUCUUGAGGAACUGCUGCGUUUUAAAGUGACUAUCGAGUGGCCAAUGAAUUUCUCACGUCAUUCUUGCCACGUCCCUUGGCGGUCUUACUCAGUGUGUUGCUGAGUAUAUACCUUUCCACACGCACAAAGUCUACCAACAUCUAUUUCGUUAGAUAUAGCGUAUCUAAAAGCAGUUUGAUCACCAGGCUAUUGGAGGAUAAUAUAUGACACAUUUGGACUUGCGGGGGCAUUGUAGUUUAUAAGAAGCAACCUCAUCACAGCGAGAUAUUACCUCUGGAACUACCGCACAUUCUCUGUUGCCUUCUAGCGGUUUUGCUGCAGUUUAGACGUUAACACGACCAGACCACGGCCAAAUUUCCUAGAGCUGCUUAGCAGACAAGGCUGCUUAACAAGUUUCCGCUUUGCAGAAGUGAGCAGGAUACCACUCACAACGUGUACAUGUGACAUUGUAGGUUGGCUGAUAACGCCAUUUUGGUCUGGACAUGAGCAUGUAUACAACGACGGAUAACCGCCUUGGACCCUUCACAGUCAUGCAUUCGCUGAGUAUGGUGUUCAUUUUACUGCUGGUCGCCUUCUCCAGGCUGGCAAUGAGCCAACCAUUUCCAUCUCGCGACGAGGAAUUAUUCAUCCAUCAAAUGUCAAACCCAGAGUCAGUUGCGGACACGAAGCUGCUUCCAGAUGGAGCUGAGACAAAAGACUACGUUUUUCAAGACUCACGUAAAUUUUUUUACUUCCUAGUAGAAGAAGACAGCGCCCCUGUAGCGAUAACAGUCACACCUUGUGCAGCUGAACUGCAGUGGACUUUGUCUCUCAUGGAUUUACCUGAAGAUGGAAGCGGAUCAAGUGACGAUCAAUUGAGUGAACAGCGCCCUCGCCGACAUCCAAACGCAAAGGUUGGUACUGUGGUGAAGACCUACACUGGGUAUGACGUCAGCACAUACGUCACCUACAACUCUCCAGCUGGAAUUUACACCCUGGAGAUCCACAGUUUAGAGAAGAGCACGAGUGUGCAAAUCUAUGCCACCACGACCCCGGAUUCAGACCACUUGUACCCAGAGUUGCCCACCGACCCACGGCUUGACAUCACUUCAUUUAGGAAGAAUAAGGUGUCAUUAGCUUGGAAACCAAGCCCCUCUGACGUGAUCUAUCGAGAGCCCAUCGUGUAUUGUGUUGCACUCAAUCCAAGGCGUAAUUACCAUACAUGGUGCAGUGUGCAAUCAUGUUUGUAUGGGGAUGCUCCUCCAGCUCGUCCUCCCAAUACAGGAUUUGGCUUCGAGAACGAGAAAACCAAGAGAGAUGAAUAUCGCCGAGAUCGUAAACGAGAUAAAGGAGGUCGGGAUAGAGACAAUGGGGAGGAAGAUGAUAUCAUUGUGGAAUGUGUAGGAAAGAAGACACUGCACACAUUCACCAACUUGGAACCGGCUCAGCGCUAUUACUUUGACCUUUUCGCGGUAGACGAGACCAAUAACAGGAGUAUUGCUUAUACAGGGACCUCCAUCAUUACAAGACCAGGGCCAGCCACAAGAAAGUACAUUGCCCUCAAGGAUGGUAACCUACGGACAUCGUCAGUUCGUCGGUCGUCUCCUGUUAAAACAUUCAACUUUAGUGUCGGUGAGACGGUCAAGGACGUCCUGGUCACCGUCCAACCCUGCACUGAAUCCAUCACGGCUGAGUUGUGGCGAGAUGGAACCAAAAUAAGAAGUUCUAACAUCCGAGAUCUGAAAGAUUUCCGCGUACGUGAAGUAACGGGCGACAUACAGGUCAAAGUGAAGAGUUUGCGCAGAGGGUCUACGCACUUCAGAAUCUUCGCCACGACGAGACCAAACAAAUACCCGUUUCCCCAAUUGCCUGUUGACAAACGGAUAAAAGUCUUUGAAAAUCUGCGACAGUGUGAUUCCAUCACUCUGGCUUGGCUUAGCACGAAAGAGGUAUCGCAGUACUGCCUGUACAAACGCGAAGAUAGGCAGAAGAAGCGAUCUAAGAAGAGUAAUCGUGAGGGAAAUACGCAGUGCCACGAACCAGACAUGAGAAAGAGAACUGAAAAGGUGAUUUGCCGACCUGUUAGUGGACCUGAUACAGAGAGGGAUGUACUCACGGAAACGGUUACCGGGCUAACACCGGGUACCACGUACGUCUUCGAUGUUUAUGUCAGCAGUUUUGGAAAGCAAACGCUGGCCUAUAGGAGUGCCAGGGUUACAACGAAGAAGGUAUGCUGAUUCUUGAUAGAGUCUGCCUCAAUAAGACAGUUAUUAAGUGAACUGUGUAAUGUUGCCGUGGAAACGAUGCAGAUCCCUCCCCGAAGUACUUAUCAAGUUAAUGACGCAGACUCUUCGUGAGAUUUUGUACGCCGAAGAGACCCGGUGAGACUAUGAAUACUUGUUUCAAGUAUAAGAAACUGAGGG